AAGUUAGUUACAUAAAUGUUAUUUUUUAUUGGAAUUACAACUUUAGUUUUAUUUAUAUUAUUUUUUCUCAGAACUCAAAUUUUUUCGACGUUGAAUUUCUUCUGCAUUUCGACAAGAAUGGGAUUAACAUCAAGCGUUGAAGAAAAAAAAGAAACAAAACAGAAAAGUUGCACUCCUAAAAGUGUAGUUGAUAAACAAGACUUACAACAGACAUCUAUACACCAAGAAAACUCUGAAUCAGUAAUAAUACAAAAUAUACCAGAUAAAGAAUCAAAGGAUUUUUGUGAUACAGCCAAAGAAAAUAAAAAAAAUGACAAAAUUGAAUUAAUUUACAAAAAAGAAGAUAAAGUUAAUGAAGCAUCAAGUAAUCUACCAUGUACUGCAACAUCAGUUGUACCGUGUAGUUUACCAUGUAAUGGCAAUGAAUCAAUUUCAUCAAAACUAGAAAAUGAUAUUGAUGUUGUGAGAAAAGUCCCACUAGUUACCACUGAAAAAACAAUUUUAGAAGGUGACGUGGAUGAAGUAACAAGUUGUUUAAGUGUCCCAGCAGAGUUUAAGAAGGUUGAAAUUGUUUGGAAUAAAGGUGGAAAUUGUGUUGAAAUAUCUGGAAGUUUUAAUGAUUGGAAAGAAUGUAUUGCACUUUCGAAAAUUAACGAGAAAUCUUUCUCUAAAGUUUUACUGCUAAAAAAGGGAAGCUAUGCAUUUAAAUUUAUUGUGGAUACUGUUUGGAUGUAUGAUGAUGAAAUGGAAAAAGAAGAAGAUGGUUUCGGUGGUUUCAAUAACAUUUGUGUUGUUUAUUAGAAAUAAAUUUUUAUCUUCAAAUAUAAUUAAAGGAAAAAAUUUUUAUCAAAUUUAUAUCAAAUGGAUCAAGUGGAUUAAAAAUAUAUUAUUAAGAAAUUCUUUAUGAAGUAUAUUG